CCCGACCUAACUCAAAAACUCCACCAACCCCAUUUUUAGCCCCUUUCUUGUUUUUAUCCUCCCAUCGAUCAAACCAAGAAAAAACUCUUUCAUAUUUCACCCGACGAAAGAAAUGGCAACCAUUUCGAAUCUCGCUAAUCUUCCCCGCGCCACCUGCGUCGACUCCAAAUCUUCUUCUUCCGUCUUACCCAGAUCCUUCGUCAAUUUCCGCGGUUUGAAUGCAAAGCUUUCCUCUUCUCAGCUUUCUCUUCGUUGUAACCAACGAUCAAGAUCUACCCUCUCUGUGAGGUGUUCAGUGUCUGGUGGAAAUGGAACUGCUGGAAAGAGAACGACUCUUCAUGAUCUAUAUGAGAAGGAAGGUCAGAGUCCUUGGUAUGAUAAUCUGUGCCGUCCAGUCACAGAUCUUCUCCCCUUGAUUGCUCGUGGUGUUAGAGGCGUUACUAGCAACCCUGCGAUCUUCCAGAAAGCCAUUUCCACUUCUAAUGCUUAUAAUGAUCAGUUCAGGACACUUGUGGAAUCAGGAAAGGACAUUGAAAGUGCGUAUUGGGAACUUGUGGUGAAGGAUAUUCAGGAUGCCUGCAAACUUUUUGAGCCAAUCUAUGACCAAACAGAAGGUGCUGAUGGCUAUGUCUCUGUUGAAGUUUCACCUAGGCUUGCUGAUGAUACCCAAGGGACUGUUGAAGCUGCUAAAUAUCUUAGCAAGGUUGUCAACCGUCGUAAUGUCUACAUUAAGAUCCCGGCUACUGCUCCAUGCAUUCCUUCCAUCAGGGAUGUCAUUGCAUCUGGAAUAAGUGUCAAUGUCACGCUUAUAUUCUCAAUCGCCAGAUAUGAAGCAGUGAUAGAUGCAUAUUUGGAUGGCCUCGAGGCGUCUGGACUUGAUGACCUCUCAAGAGUUACCAGUGUUGCUUCCUUCUUUGUCAGUCGGGUGGAUACUCUCAUGGACAAGAUGCUUGAGCAAAUUGGUACCCCAGAAGCCCUAGAUCUCCGUGGCAAGGCGGCUGUGGCUCAAGCUGCAUUAGCAUACAAGCUGUACCAGCAGAAAUUCUCAGGCCCAAGAUGGGAAGCUCUGGUUAAGAAAGGUGCUAAGAAACAGAGGCUUCUCUGGGCAUCGACAAGUGUUAAGAACCCAGCUUACUCUGACACCUUAUAUGUCGCUCCUCUCAUCGGACCUGACACCGUUUCAACCAUGCCGGAUCAAGCCCUGGAAGCAUUCGCAGAUCAUGGAAUCGUGAAGAGGACAAUAGAUGCGAAUGUGUCAGAAGCAGAAGGGAUUUACAGUGCACUAGAGAAGCUGGGAAUAGACUGGAACAAGGUAGGAGAACAGUUGGAAGACGAAGGAGUAGAUUCGUUCAAGAAGAGUUUCGAGAGUCUGCUAGGUACACUGCAAGACAAGGCCAACACUCUCAAACUAGCCAGCCAUUGAGGAUGAUUAUGUUUUUGGUGGGUAAACCCUAAAAUAAAAAAAGAAGAACCUUUGGCUUUUGUUCUUCAACCCUUAUUAUGUAUGCUUUCUAAAGUUGUUAUAAUGGCUUUUGCUUGAUGUUCCACAUUAUGAUGGGUUCUAUCUUCUUUGUUCUUGCAAGAUGCUUCAGAGGAGUUUAUUACUGGCUUUUUACCGUAUUUGUAAUUUACACUUUCACUAAAAACAAUUGGCGAGUAAAACUUUUUUUUUUCUUUU